UCCUGUUACACCAAGACACUCGAUUCCAGUUGUUAGCUACCCAGAGCCCCCGACGAAAAACGUGAAGCAUAUGCCGAGCGAUGAAAGCUUAAAUGUGGAGAAGAAUAAUGCAGAAGAGAAAAGCGGUGGGUCAGUGGAUAAGACUGAUGACAGCGAAGCACAAAUUGAAGCUAAAGCAGCACAAGAUAAGCCUGAAGGCAAGGAAAUACGUCAUGAGAUGAGUAGCGACCAAAAGUCGACUCCGGAGACGAAAAAGAAUGUUCAAGUUAUCGAGACCAACGGCAUCGGGAUAUUAGACGCUGAAAAUGCUGUGAAAGCAUCCAGAAAAGACGAUAAGGCCCUAACAGAGAACGAGUCUUCACACAGCGGCGGAGACGGCAUUGUGGUAGAGAAGGCAAAGUCAACUAGUGUAAGUCAUCAUGAGCGUAUAGCAGAUCCAAUUAAUGAAUUAAAGCAACAAGAUCUGACUUCCAUUAAAGCCAAGCAGAGAGACGCUGUGGUGUCCGGUUCAGCACCAAACGAGACGCAAGCGCAUGGCAAUGCCGAUGAUCCAGGCAACACAUCCACCGUGAAAGAAGCUGGAGGACUUGAACAAGAAUCAAUCGAAUCUCAGAGUCAAGCGGAAGCAGACUCCGCCAAUUCAAUCUUACCUCACGUUGACAAAGGUUUAAGUAAUGGCUCCAGUGGUGAAAGCCCGGAAGAUGUCCUGCCCGCAGAGUAUAUGAGCAGUGAUGCCUGCCGCCUAGCUGCUAGUCAGGUGAAUGGAACAAAGAACAGAGACCCUGAGAGAACGAGUUCAUCUGGCAAAACCACUCAGGCAGCUAGUGAUGAAACAUAUCAACACAGUGAUGCCUGUAAAGGCGCAACUUCAAACCGCAAAUUAGAGAACAACGCGCAAAAUGCUGAGAGUGAACAGCAACCAAGUCCCUCACAAACCCUCCAAACUAAUGUUAAUAGCGAUCCAUCUCAUGCCGGAACGAAAGAUGGAAUAUCAAGUGGGGUAUCUGAGGGGACGAGCAAGGAAGAGCAGGACCACAAAAGAUCUGACAAUACUGGAGACAAGGCCGGUACAGAGGAUUAUCAAUACAGCGACGCUUGCAGAACCGCAGCUCCUGACAACAAUACUCAAGGCAAACCAGAGGACACAAACCAAUAUGUCGCUACUGGCAAGCCAGAGGAUACAGACAAGGAUCCCUCUCCCACGACUGUCAAAUUGCAAGCAGGGAAUCAAGUUCAAGGCGAAGUCAACCAUGACGACGCCACGGUUAUGCCACUUGCUGCACCUCCUACGUCUCAAAUUUCCAACAACAAGACUGCCUCCCCUGUCGAUCUAUCGAACAAGGAACCUUCCCAGAGGCCAUCUUCGAGUUCCAAUGUGCCAGCUGUAGAAAUUGGCGACUCUCCGGCUACUCCGACAGACAAUGAUGAGUCUCUUGGUGACAGCAAUGUCAACCCCACGCCACCCGAUGUCAAGGGACGAGAUGAGCCUUCCAACACCAAAAACGCCGAUAACGCAGUCUCCACUCUCACGGAAGUUGACAACAUCUCUUCCAAUCUCACCACCAGACAUGACGAAUCGCCAUCCCUCCUCAUUACCUCCGAGGAUUCUGAGUUGAUAAGCUCUAACGACCUUCAAUCCACCCUCCCAGACCAAGAAGACGCAACAUCUAAUCUCACCGAGUCUGAUACCUCGUUGAACCUCACCAGACCCGUAACCUCCGCAGCCUUAUCCCGUCAUUCCCCCUUCAGUUGCCUCUGGAGAUGCCGAAGCCUCCUCUCUGAACUCCGCCUUCUUGUUGACCCACCACGUCUACUAGUAGCAGAAGAGGCUGCCGUUACCGUUCAGUGCCGCCUGCCGACACGGCUGGGGUCGCUAACACAACUCACAUGGAGUUUUCGGCCGGCUGAGGGGAGUGAGUGUGUGCUCACACCGACAGAAGGAGGAGAGGAGGAAGGACAGCAAUGUCAGGGUUUUGGGGAAGCCGCGCAGAUGUACUUCGUCAACCAGUCCAUGACUUCUUCAAGGCUCGCCAUCCCUCGGGUCACCUCAGCCCUGGCCGGCCACUACACCUGCACCGCCCGGGUACAAUGCUGCGCGGGAGCUCCCAACCCUCCAGUCGUCUCCCGGGCGCUGUCAACGUACCUCCACGUCUAUGGAACACGGGGAGGAACGAGCCAGUGGGUCGUAUCAGCAGCUGCCGGGAUCUGUCUCGCCAUAGGAGUCACAGCGAUAGUGGUGCUGAAGAGGAAGUGGUGCCGCGGAGCCAAAAAAGUGGGAGGUUCAAUAGGACGGUAUCGGCCAGUGCCGGAAGGAAGAAGGGUAGAUGAAGAGCUGCAAGAACGUGCGAGGUUGUACACUGGGCCUCUGGGAAGUGUUGAGGAAGAGGAGACGGAGCUUGCCGAAUCGGGCGUCCCGGUGAAGCAGAGACAGCAGUUUAGGGAGCACCGUGAUGUGGAGACAUCCGGUGUGGUGUCUAGAGCCAACAAUCGCAGCAGCAGCGCCGCCAACAUCUCCACCAAAGACGGCGCUUACGCCAAAUCCUUCACCAACGCCACCUCUAAAGCCAGCGGAAAUCGCGCUAGCGCCUACGUCGACGAAGAAGACAACUACGACGAAGAAGAAAACUACGAGAACUACGAAACACGCUCGCGAAGCCCCGGACUCGGAACAGCGUUCUCGUCACUUCCCGAGACCCACAUCGCACGUACCCACGCGCCUCGACCAGGCACCAUUCGAGCCAACCCACUUGCGUCGCCGGAGUUUCGCGGAGGCGAAGGUGGUGGGAAAGUCGUCUCGCCAAGGUAUGAGAUACCUCUCACCCCGCCUGACGCGCCUCCUACGCCACCCGGCGGACCGCAUGGAGCAUCGAUGUCGACGAAGGGGUCGUCGAUGUCGACGAAGGGAUCAUCGAUAUCGAUGAAAGGCCUGGCGAUCUCCAAGCGAUCGACAAUCCCGAAGAAGGCGUCUCAGACGACUUCAGGGAGCCAGAAGAAACCACCAACAGGAUCAACCACUGCUCCACUAUGGCGCCUGGGAGCAGCUGCUAGAAAAUGAUGACGUCAGCGCAGUGACGUCAUGUGAAGAGGUGACGUCAUAAACUAUGACGUCAUGAGAUUAUGGAGCUGAACUGAGGGAACGGUGAGAGAUGUAAUGUUAAGAAUUAAUGAGGUAGAACGGAAUGAAGUGGAGUGGGAGCGCGAUUAAACACUAAGUGGAGCGUAAAGUUGAGGCGUAAAAUGACAGUGAUGUGCU